GGGCAUCUGGGUAUGAUUCCAAAGUUUUAUUUUUUCUUAAACAACUUGGAUUUUUAUUUGUUUGAACGGCUGAAUCUGCAUUCUAAACAUUCUUUGUGUGUUGAGUUUGGGUAUUUGUCAAGUCUGGAUAUCUGCUUACUUGGGUAGAACUGGAUCAAAUUGAGAUGGUUUUUUCUUAUUUAAUGGCUGAAUUGUGCUGUGUGUUACCCUUUUUGGCUGAGAAAAAUUGCAAACAAACCUCGUUUGAUUCAUAAUUUCGUUAAAACUUUUUGAUCUAGGAGCCAGAUGUUUGGGUGGCCUGAAUGUAUUUUCUACUUUUUUCAUCUGCUGUCUUAUUGUGUUAUUCAGUAAAAUAAGCAUAAUAAAAUAAGCUGGGUACUCUUUGCAGCUUGAAACAACAUAAUGGUGAACUAAAAGGGGGAGCAAAAGCAUCCCGUGCAGGAAGACCAUGGGUUUGUGCAUGCUUAAUUCGAGGUUUCCACGAUCAAAGUGAAGCUUGUGAAUUUGAAUCAAAAUGGAAAAAUUUCUCACGGAAAUUGCCACGCAAAAGGAAUAGCGAAGACACGAUGAAGCAGAUGAAUGAUAGGUCACUGCCAUUGCUGCAACACAGGCAAACAGCUCUAAAUAGAGUGAAAGCAUCUCUUGAUUGCAGUCACUUAGAAAUUGAUUGGCAAUUGAACCCUUUCUAAAUUGUUGAGCUGAACAAGGUGUUUCUCAUUAUAGGCAUAGGUUUAAAAAUGUCGAAACCAGCUUCUUGUUCCUUUGAUAUGUGGCAACAAGACGAGAUCGCCCCUCCAAGUCACCACACUGGUAAAUUCUAUAUUCUAUUGCGAGUUUAUUUCAUUGUUGAAUACACUCCACAACACUACAAGAUGAAUGUUUAUUCAAAGAAGAGUUAUGGGUAUCUUGAACGAAGUGACUUGGUAGACGACUUGAAGCUGCCUGAAACCAUUUCAAGGAUGAUGAAACUCCUUCCUGUAACUGAAGAGGACAAAGAGAAGAUCAUAAAGAUUGUUGGCUCCAAGGCUAAGUUGAUGGAUUGUAAUGAUUCUAAUGCGGGUCGUGAUGUUAUAUCUGCUGUUAUGUCACUUGGGAUUUUUUAUAAACAAAAGUAUAAUCAAGAAGUGGAGCUUGCUUGGGCUACAAGAUUGGGAAAGUCCCUAGGAGAAUGCGUGCCGGCCAUGGAAUUAGCCGUUAUGGAUUUAAACAAGUUGGUGUUUGAGAAGAAUUGUUGCCUUGAGAGUCAAUGUGGGAUUUGUUUAGAAGGGUUUUGUGAGGGAGAGGAGAUUACUCGGUUGCCUUGCUCGCAUGAUUUUCAUGGAGGUUGCAUUGUGAAGUGGCUUAAAAAGAGUCACUUGUGUCCAUUCUGUAGAUUUCCACUGCAAGUUUGCGGAGAGACAGAAGCUUUAUGCCCGUUCAAGGAGGAGAAGAUGAGUAAGGAUCGUGUGUAUCGAAAACCAAGGAGGCGUGUUGGGCAGCCAUGGCUCCGGAGUCGUCCUUAUGGUGGGCUAAACAUCGUUGAUCCUCUUGGUUAGCCAAAAUUAAAUUGAAGGUCUCAAGCGUUGGUAGAAAAUUUUGUGAAUACAGCCAAGUCCAAAGUCCAAAUCUAAAUCAAGAUCAUCUGUCUAUCUCAUUCUCUCUACCAACGUCCCCAUCAAGAACUACAUUGGUGUCACCAUCAAUUUCUCUCGCCUGUACCCUUGAAUUUGAAAUCUAUACAAGCUUAUGUUAUGAAUUUGAAUGUUUGUUCAGUCUAGCUAUCCAGACUUGU